AUGGACUCAAGAAAUGAACAAUCUGAAGAAUCAGAAACUAUCUCGCUUUUAACCAGAUAUUUUCGACGAUUGAUAAAUCAUAUCGAGCAACUUAAGGAUUUUCCUGAUUACUUGAUUACUUAUGUUCAACGAUUUGCCACUGGCAAUUAUUCAGUUGACCCAUCGCCGACGUCUAAGGCAAAAACGAGCAUAUAUAGGGAUACUUUUGGUUUCCGUAAACUGUUAAUUUUUGUUACUCAAACGAAACUAGUGGCUUUAGAUACUAGUAAUAAAGGGCAAAUAGUUUGGUCUCGGUAUUUCGGUGGCAUCGUAUCCGAAUUUCAGAAAAUAUUUGUCGUUAGAUCAUCUACUGUCAAAUAUCCGCCCGUUGUCGUUGCGAUAGGGAUACAAAAAAAACCCGACAAAAGCAACAUAACCUGCCUUUUCAGAUUAAACGCACUUACUGGGGAAGAUUUUAUUACCGACCAUGAAAUAUACACGCCUACAGAAAAUAAUAUCUCUUUUAGUAUUCCUACAGUCGCUCGUCGAAUUUUUAAAUUGCCAGUAGAAGAACCUGAUGAAAGAACUCAUAUAAUUGCAUUGCUAGAUGAAGAUUUAAAGGCAAGCUCAUUAAAAGCUUUCCAAAAGUUUGCAACAUCAUUCUAUUUUGCAUUAUCCGAUGGUAUUGGUAGUAAAAGCUUGAAAGGAUAUAGCGUUGCCAUUGAUAAAAUUUCACAGCCUUUCAAUAUUAAUAGACUUUGGGAACUUAACUUUCCAGAAGGAAAUAAUAUUGUGGCAAUUGGACAUAGGCCUAGUCAUGAGAAAGUUGCCUCUCUAGGUAGAGUUCUUGGUGAUCGUUCAGUUCUAUAUAAAUACCUUAAUCCACAUAUAGUUGUCGUUGCCACGUCGUCUCCUUCAACAACAUCUCUCGAUUUCUACUUGAUUGAUAUUAUUAAGGGAUCUAUAUUAUAUCAUACCGUACAUGACAACAUUAGUCCUUCAAAUCCUGUACAAAUUAUUCAAGUUGAAAAUACAAUUGUAUAUCACUUUUGGAGCGAGGAACAAGAGAAAGGAUAUAAAGUGGUUGUAUGCGAUUUAUACGAAAGCGGAAAACCGGAUGAAAGAUUUGAUAC